AAGGUAGGUACUCACCACGACCAUUUCUUGUCAACCUCAACUCUCACCAAUUUUCACAGCCAUUGCUAUCCUGCGAAUACUCAAUUCCCAUCGCAAUGGCUUCACAAAAGCCCUGCGCAGCGUGUCUGCGUUUAUUGAGAAGAAAUAACGUCGCUCCACGAACUCUUCAGUCUCCCUCCAUUUCCUCCUCACGCGCAGCCUCGUCUCUCCGCGCCUUCUCGACAACAUUAUCAAACCGCAAUGCUGGCUCUUCAAGCUCGACUUCGACCUCGAGCUCCAACUCCAGCUCAGCAGACUCAUCCCCCGUCAAGCCGCUGCCGAAAAGCGCAUACAGCAGCGCCGGCACCACGACACGACUUGCGCAAGAAGUGCGCCGCCGCGCCGGCGGCACGACAGAAACCUACGUCGCAUACGGUGCGACAAAGGCACUAUUCACAGAAUGCGCGCGCCACGCAGACUACAACAUCCCACAAUUAAAGGGCAAGACGUAUCGAACUGAAGACGUGCCCAAGACCGCCGCGGGCGAAGAUCUGGGCGUUGGCACCGGAUGGUGGUACGAAUCCCUCGGUCUGCAACCUACAUUCAACACCUGGGCCCAAAUCACUUUCCUCAACAUGUACCUCUUCACCGUGCGGUUCCGGUGUUUCCACCCUUCGCACGCCCAAGCGUGGCACCAGCACUUACUCGACCACUUCUUCUACGCCGCCGAGGACCGCAUGGCCGACCAGCACGGGCUCUACUCGCGCGGCAUUCGGAACAAGUACCUCAAGGACCUUUUCGUGCAAUGGCGUGGCGCCGUCGCAGGCUACGACGAAGGGCUGGUCAAAGGCGACGCGGUCGUCGCCACGGCGAUCUGGCGUAACAUUUUCAAGGCCGACCCGGAAGUCGACUGGACCCGCGUCGCCCAGGUCGUGUCGUACCUGCGCCGCGUACUCAAGGGUCUAGAUGGCCUUCCCGACGACAUGGUGGUCAGUGGCAAAGUCAGGUUUACGAAUCCUGGAAAAGAGGAUGUUGUGGUCGCAAAGGAGAGCGCGGGCAUCAAGGCCCCGUUUACGAGGGAAGAUGACGAGGCUGCGAAAGUGACGAUUGAGGAAAUGGCCAAGCAGAAGGAGGAGGAAAAACGGAAGCGGUGAUUAGAGAUACAGGGGGUUGUCUGAAGAGAAAAGGCACGGCCGGAGAGGGUGAAAGUUGUGACGCGAAAGGGGGAUGGAAUGAUGGCGAAAAGCCGCGGCAGAGUGGGGUGAGGAGAAAAAGGGGAAGGACUGGCAGAGUGCAUCAUGUUGAUGUUUCGAGAUAAUUUGUUGAACAAAGGACAAAGCCCAGGCUCAUAAUCCUGUAAUUAAGUAUUUCCUUGCACGUAUUUUUCUAUUUUACCUACCCGUAUCUGUAUAUUAGUACUGUCUUGUACAGUAUAUUACAAAGUAGUACCCAGCCCAGUC